AUGGAGCUACUGUAUCCGAACCUACUUACUGUGUUGAGUCUUGCUAAUGGGGAAAGAAAUCAACAACAGCAGCAAGCCGAGGCACAGUUGAAGAUUUGGGAGGUCCAACAAGGAUACCACUAUUUAUUACAGGAGGUGUACCUAAAGACCGAAGUUCCACUACAAGAACGUUGGCUUGCUAUAUUAUGCUUUAAGAACGGCAUAGACAAGUAUUGGAGAAGCAGUAAACAAAAUGCUAUCAGCAAAGAGGAGAAACAGCAAAUCCGGAGUCGAGUUUUUAUGCUGUUGAGUGAGAAGAACAACCAAUUAACUAUCCAGAAUGCCCAUCUGAUUGGACGAAUUGUUAGGUUUGAUUUCCCCAACGAAUGGCCCACAUUAUUUGAUGAUAUCGUUCAGUAUUUGGAAGAUUUAGUGUUCAGCAAGAAUGAUCUUGUUUCCACCAACAAUUUGCUUAUAAUAUUGAAUCAGAUCAUCAAGACUGUUUCACAAGUUAGAAUUGGUAGAGCAAGACACGCAAUGCAGAGCAAAGCACCAUUGGUGGUUCCCAUAUUGGUUAGACUAUAUAUCAAGUUCUUUCAAGAAUGGACCCAAACCAUUGAUCUUAGUUUAAUGGAAGUGUGUUAUUUAUGCCUAAAGAACUUGAGAAGAUUGAUUCCUGAAGGUUUCGAACAGCCUCAUAAGAACGUUGAUAUUGUGGAGUUCUUAAAGGUAUCCAUUGCUCAUUUACAAUUGCUUGUUGUUGAACAUGAGAAGUAUUCCUCAGAUUUACUAGAACGGUACGUGAAAUGUUAUAGUAAAGUUUACUAUAAUCUUAUUAGUGUAAAUCCCACGAGUUUCGUGCUAUUGCCAUGUUCUCAAGACAUCUUAACGACAUUUUUAAGCUUGUUGGAACUGAAGGCAGAGGUCAUUUACAAUUCGAAUGAAGAAGAAAAUGAUUUCUGGGAAACUUUGGCAUUGAAGGGGUUUAUGAUCUUGAAGAAGAUCAUUGCAUAUAUUUAUAAGAAAGGAGCUGUUGUUUUAAAGCAACGCAAUGAAAAGGAGGAAGUCAACAUGGCAAUUAAAAAAUUAUCAACAGAGUUCUUUACUCCUCAGGUGGUUCAACAUUUAUGUGAUCUUAUCAUCAACUGGUAUCUUAAAUUGAAACCUUGUGAUUUGGAAAGCUGGCAAUUGGAACCGGAAGAAUGGUGUAAUGAAGAACUUUCCAAGAGUUGGGAAUAUCAAAUCAGACCUUGUGCCGAAAACUUCUUUCAGGAUUUAAUUAGUUUCUUCAAGGAUAUCUUGACUGACUUUGUAUUGAACAAGAUCUCCAAUGGGUUGGUUAAAAAUAAUAAUGUUGAAGAUAUUUUGGUUAAGGAUUCCAUUUUUAGUACUUUCCAAUUAUCAUCCACUUCCAUUGCCAAUAACGUCAAUUUUGAUGAAUUAUUGACGCAAAUCUUCAUUCCUCAAGGAUUAAACAACGAUAUGGUGGAAAAUAAAAUUAUUAAAAGAAGAGUAUGUUUGAUAAUAAGCGAAUGGGUAUCUGUGGAUUGCUCUAGACAAAGUCGUCUUUCAAUUUAUAAAUUUUUGGUGACAUUAAUGGAUCCACAAAAUAAACUAUUAAAUGAUAAAGUUGUUAAACUUACGGCCAUUCAAACAUUGAAAAGUGUUAUUGAUGAUUGGGAUUUUCAAAAGGUGGAUAUUCAACCUUAUAUUAAUGAUUUCAUUCAAUUAUCGUUAAUCAUGCUUGAUGAGAUGGACUUCACAGAAUCUAAAUUGUUUAUCUUAAAUACUUUAGCAAUGGUUUUGGAAAGAUGUAACCCAUUGGUUCCAAUUGAUACUUUAAUGCAAGUAUUGGCCAUUGUUCCCGGGUUUUGGCAAAUGUCAACUGAUACUAACGAAAUGAUAUUGAAAACUGCAUUGCUAAGGGUUCUUAAAAGUCUUGUGGUGACCUUGAAUGAGAAAUCUCCAGCAGCAUAUUCCAUAUGUCUACCAUUAAUUAAAGCUAGUUGUGCUUCGGGGAACUCCGAAAACUAUUCUUUGCUUGGUGAAGAUGGUUAUGAGUUAUGGUUAUCAGUCCUACAGUAUUGUCCCCAAUCAGAGAUUAACAAUCAAAUUAUUCUUAAUCUUUUUGAAUUGAUUCGAAUGGGGUUACUUGAAGGUACUGAAUCCUUACCUAUAGUUAUGUCCAUUAUCCGAAGUUAUUCCUUAAUAUCACCGCAAUUGUUCCAAAGUGAAGAGGCAUUGGAGUUGUUUCGAAUCUUGAGUGGAUAUUUGUCGAAUAUGAGAGACGACUCGUUGGCUAUUUUCAUAGCAUUGAUGGAUAUUUUAAUGCUUGAAUGUGGUGAUAAUCAAUUAUUCCUUAAUAAUUUGAUUUCCAGUGGAUUGUUCAGUGCUUUAGUCCAUUAUGCUAUUGAUGAGAAACAAGCUGUAGUUUCAGCCAAUAAAGCGUUUCUUGUAUUAUCAAGAUUGGCUCAAAAGUCUCCCGAAACCUUUUUCAAUAUUUUGAACCAUUUAUCCAUUGAUAAAGAGCCUUUCUUGACUAAGUGGGUCGAUUACUAUAAGAGUAAUGGGAAUCCCCGUAAUAAGAAAUCGAAUCUUGUGGGGUUAAUUUCCCUCACACUGUUUGGACUCAAACAAGGUUCAUCUAUCGUUAUUCAAUUGUGGCCCACAGUCAUAAAAUAUGCCUUUCUUUUCAUGGAAGAACUCAACGAAGAUGGAGAAUCCGCUGUUAAUUUAUAUGAUCACGACUUCGUCUACGAAGAUAUUAAUGAUUAUAAUUAUCUUGACCCAACCAUUGCACCUCAUGGAGAAAACAUCCGGUACAAAUCUUUACUUGAAAGAAGUGAUCUGGUUUAUACUGUCAAGGUGUCUAGGUUAAUCCAUGAUACGCUAACGUCAUUGAAGCAGACACUAUCUAGUGAGUUGUUCCAGACAGCCAUCUCAUCCACCGAUGCUUAUACUAUGGAGAAGUUGCAUGCAUAUAGAACGUAG